CGUCGCAGCUCUUCUCCCGCAGAAACACACAGCACUUGCCCGCCCCGGGUGCCUUUUUCUCUCUCUCUCUCUAUCUCUCUCGUGCGCCAGGGUCUGUCCGCGCGUGAGUGAACCGGAGCUCUGUGCCGUUUGGACCGGGGACCGACUGACUUAAAACUCUUACACAAUAUAUAAAUAUAUAUAAAUAUAUAUUAAACAACACAACGCUGAAGACACGGGUCUUCUAAGAACUCCUGCUUGGUUCACUCGGACCUGAAAUCUUCAGAAAAGGACUACACUCCAGAAGAUGCGUCUCCCGGUGUUCCUCUGGGUCUCGCUGUGUUUGUCUGCAGCACCGGGCCCGGUGGUGGUGGUGGCGGCCGGGGCGGACAGGAGCUGCACCGACCUGCGGCAGUUCUACACCGGGAAAGGCUUCACUCUGCUGGAGGUCCCCCAGACAGAGAUCUCCGGUGAACAUCUGAGGACGUGUCCUCAGGGUCCGACCUGCUGCACCAGCACCAUGGAGGAGAACCUGGGCGGGCUGAGCGCCCAGGAGACCGAGGGGCUAAUCAGGGAGGCCGGCAGGUCGCUGCAGUCCGCCUUCAAUGCCCUCCACAGGGGCUUCGACACCUACUUCACCGAUCUGCACGUCCGCUCUGAGCGCUCCCUGCAGGAGGUGCUGUCUCCCCUCGGCCCGCUGUACUCCCAGAACACUCGUCUCUACGGCGACCUCUACACCGACCUGCGGCAGUACUACCGGGGCUCGGCCCUCAACCUGGACGAGACCCUGUCCGAGUUCUGGUCCCGCCUCCUGGAGCGCACCUUUAAAAGCUCCGCUCCCACAGAAGUCACGCUGUCAGAGGACUACCUCGAAUGCGUUGCUAAGCAACAGGAGACGCUGCGGCCGUUCGGAGACGUCCCGCGGGACACGAGGGCGAAGCUGAUCCGGGCUUUUGUCACGGCCAGGUCGUUCGUCCAGGGGCUGGUCGUCAGCGGAGAGGUGGUCAGGAAGGUCUCACAGGUGCACCUGAGUCCGGAGUGCACGAAGGCCCUGAUGAAGCUGGUCUACUGCCCCCACUGCCGCGGCAUCGCCUCCGUCAAGCCCUGCUCCAACUACUGCGCCAACGUCAUCAAGGGCUGCCUGGCCAACCAAGCGGACCUGAACCCCGAGUGGCAGAACCUCAUCGACACCAUGAUCCAGGUGGCCUCCAGUUUCAGCACCGAGCCCAGUCUGGACGUGGUUCUCUCCUCCAUCCCCGCUCGGAUCUACGAGGCCGUCCACUUCCUGCAGGACAACAUGGACGCCUUCACGGCCAGAGUCUACCAGGCAUGCGGAACUCCAGGUGAACCGGGAACAGGAAGUCCUCCUCUUCACGAGCAGAGGAAGAAGAGCGGCUCCCUCACAGCAUCCGAGUACAAGCCGUCUCCGACCGCUGGGCUCAGAUUGGAGAUGCAGGUGUCAGACCUGUCCAGUAAACUGAGGGAGAUGCGGCAGUACUGGACCCAGCUUCCUGUGGCUCUCUGCAGCAAGUUGGCGGCGGGAGGUGCGGCUCAGGAUAAAUGCUGGAACGGCGUCACCAAAGCCAGGUACCUCCCGGAGGUGAUGGGUGACGGCUUGGCCAAUCAGAUCAACAACCCGGAAGUGGAGCUCGACAUCACGAAGCCGGACAUGACCAUCCGGCAGCAGAUCAUGCAACUCAAAAUCAUGAGCAACAGGCUGAAAAACGCGCUGGACGGCAACGACGUGGACUUCCAGGACGCGAGUGACGACGUCAGCGGCUCGGGAAGCGGGAUGUGCGUCGGCGGUCAGUGUUCUCGGAGCCGGCCGGGGUCGUACCCCUACCCGCCCGACAACGACCGGGUCAGAGCCGGCGCGUCUCAAACGCGCCUCCGCGGCUUCCUGCCGCUGUUCCCUUUGGCAACGCUGCUGCUCCAACGAUGAUGAUGAUGAUGAUGGACCGCCACUCUUAAAAAAAAAAGAUCUAGAGGAGGGCUCGGACGAGGAGACGGACCGUGAGGGGUUUGGGGGUUAGAUCGUAACUUUGCCAAAAAACAAAAUGAAAAGGACAUUUUUUUGAAGAAUGAAAGGACAGCGUUUUUUCUUCUUCUUUGAGCAAGAGGAGCAAAACUUGACAGUGACAAUAUUCUUUUUUUGUUCCUUCUUUUUUUUCUUCUUCUGGUUUUUGCUCAGUUUGAAUGCCUUUAGUUCGGGUUGUGACUCAGUUUGUUGAGCUGGUUUCAAUGGAUUGUUGGGACGAAGAUAUGGAGAUGAAGAAGGUGACGAAGACGAAGAGAAUGACGGCUGUGGAUGACGACGACAACGAUGAUGAUGAAGAUUAUGAUGGCGAUAUUGAUUUAUUGACACUCUUAUCAGGUCCAUUCGGCUCCAGUUUCAAGUCAGGAGGUGGCAAAAGCUCAUUGAACACAUUUUUUUCCUCCCUGUUCCACGUUACGUGGUGCGUUCAACAAAGCGUGUUUUUUUCCACCUUCAUUUCGUUGUUUAACCCAAGUCGAAGUUGUCUACCUUUUUUUUUUUACGAACAUUGUGUACGUUGUAAAUGUGUGUGUGUGUGUGUGUAAAUUACCUAAAAAACUGGCACCAUAUUGAAGCCGUGAAUGUACAGUAUAAUACUAUAUUGGCUAUGAAUCCCCCCCCCCUCCCCCAUAAUCUGUGGUGUGGUCGUCCAGAUGUUUUGGUAUAUAUCUGCGCGUCGGGCGUAAAGCAGAUGCGUAAUCGCGGUUUCCUGAAAUGUACGAUGAGAUGUCGCGACGGCAAGUUUUCAGAAAGAAAAAAUGGAUAAAUGAAUAAAUGAAGGCCACAAAGGACUCCUUGUUGAACGCACACCUGCAUUAAAUAACUUUAAAUGAAGUCCGAGCAUCACAGCGGGUCAAACCAAAGCACUUGUUCACACUGGAGACUUUUUUUUUUUUUGCUUUCUAUUUUUGCUCCCCAGAGUACGUUGAACACGAGGGACAACUCUUUCAUAAUGUUUUUGUAUCUGCAUAUGUUUAAAAAAAUCGAAUGUUUUGUCCAAACAGUCCAGGAUGCGUUGUCCAUUUGCCCGGCGAUACCUCAUUCAUCACUCGGCAUGCCUUUUGAACUUGCAGUCCGACACGACUGCACCGGUACGUUAUGGGCCUCCUGAUACACACACGUCUCUUGCACAUACACACGUUUACACACACACACACACACACACACCGAGGUUUGGUUGCGAAGCAGAUUUUUUUUUUUUUUUUACUCAUCGCUGUAUGUAAUCACACAUUUCAUUCAUUAAAGUCUGUUUGAUUGUC